UUGGUAAUUGUGCGAAGCAGACGGUAGAAGCAAUGCUCUGAACGUGUUCUGCCUGAAUUUCCAAAGGUUUACUGUGAGCAAUAUGCUUAAACUUAUCACAUCGUUGGCCUGAAGCCAGAAGAAAGUUUUUUUGUGUUCUUGCUGUCUUUAAGUAACCAGCUGGAAGCAGUGUGUAUCAGUAUCAGUGCUGCUGUGGGCUGCUGCUCUUUAAUGUGUAUGAUCAGGAAGGUGUGCGGUUUACUGCAGAUUGCUUGGCUAGCCUGUGCAUUAGUUCCAUUUGCUGAGUGAAGCCAGGAUGUUGUUUGAAUCUCGCAGAUAAAAUUAGCUCUUUUUUUCUCUGCUGUGACUGUUGAUGACACGAGACAAAGCAAGAAGAAUCCUACGGAUCUAUGUUUUAAAAUCAUGAAUCAAUGUUCAGAGGUGACCUGUCAACGAGCUGCUGAUCGCAAAGGGUCAAAAAUGUCCUCUGCUUUUCAAAAACUUGAGAACUUGGCCAUAAGGCUCUUUAACAGGAAUACAAGGGGGUCCUCACAGGACUUUGAAACGACAGGUUCAGAAAGUGACACCAGACAGGAAUCGGAACACUGUAUAGCCUGGAACUUGCACAUGAGAGAUUACUUAGAAAAAGCAAGAGAGGAAUUCUUACUGAAAUGGGAGUCCCCAGCACAGAACACGGCAUGUUUGGAUGACUUUGAAAGAACAAAAACGCUUGGUACAGGGUCCUUUGGCAGAGUGAUGUUGGUGAAACACAAAGCUACAAAGGAGCACUAUGCAAUGAAGAUACUGGACAAACAGAAGGUGGUCAAACUGAAACAGAUCGAGCACACGCUCAAUGAGAAAAGGAUUCUUCAAGCUGUCAGGUUCCCUUUUCUGGUGCGGCUAGUAUUUUCGUUCAAGGAUAACACUAAUUUGUAUAUGGUGAUGGAAUAUAUUCAGGGCGGCGAGAUGUUUUCACAUUUAAGGAGGAGCGGGAGGUUCAGUGUUCCAUUUGAUGCUGCUGUCUCUCGUGGUUUCAUGUUUCUUCUCUGCCUUUGCCAGAGGUGCCGUCCUUUAAGGGAGAGUGAAGCUCACUCACGAUUUUAUGCAGCACAGAUUGUCCUCGCCUUCGAAUACCUUCACUCGCUAGAUCUCCUGUACAGAGACCUGAAACCGGAAAACAUACUGAUUGACCAAACCGGCUACAUCCAGGUGACGGAUUUUGGCUUUGCUAAGAGAGUAAAGGGCAGAACUUGGACACUGUGCGGAACUCCUGAAUAUCUAGCUCCUGAGAUCAUCCUUAGCAAGGGUUAUAACAAAGCUGUGGAUUGGUGGGCGCUGGGGGUCCUAAUCUAUGAAAUGUCUGCUGGGUAUCCUCCAUUUUUUGCAGACCAGCCCAUUCAGAUUUAUGAGAAAAUAGUCUCUGGAAAGGUGCGGUUUCCGUCACAUUUCAGUACAGACUUGAAGGAUCUGCUCCGGAACCUGCUGCAGGUGGACCUGACCAAACGGUUUGGUAAUCUCCGAAAUGGUGUCAACGACAUCAAAAACCAUAAGUGGUUCGUCAACACAGACUGGAUCUCUAUCUACAAAAGAACGGAGGAACCUCCAUUUAAACCCAAGAUGAAAGGCCCAGGAGACACCAGCAACUUUGAUGAGUAUGAAGAGGAGCCAAUCCGCAUAUCUCUCACAGAGAAAUAUUCUAAAGAAUUUGCUGAGUUCUAGAGAACGAAAUGAGAUGAAGUAAUGAAGUGACUGGGAAAUUAAUACUCAGCUGGGACAGAAAGGAGGCACUGUUUGGAUGGGAGCCUAAACAGUUGUAUUUACUGAAAGCUUUUAUGUUAAGUUUGUGCAUUCCACCAGGUGGAGUACUAUCUUGCCAUGACUUGGAAGGGCCUAGCCCUCUUUCCCAUAAACAGACUCCUCCUGAAAACCCUGAGGUUCUCCAGAUAGUCACUACUACCAACGACACACUAAACUGCUCUCUUUUUUUUUGCCAACCUUCGAUAACCAUUUAUAUCUCAAUGUGUCCGAAUGUUAUAUAUGUUCUGUGUUUUAAAAGAUAUUUUACCUAUACAUUAAAGCCCUUUAAUUUUUUUUUCUAAAAUGUA